AUGGCUUCGAAAUCCGCCAACAACGGCAAGACGCCGCCCAGCGCCGCUACCAACUUGGUUGCUGGUGGUGGUGCCGGUAUGAUGGAGGCCCUUGUGUGCCAUCCCCUCGAUACCAUCAAGGUCCGCAUGCAGCUUUCCAAGAGGGCGCGCGCCCCGGGUCUCGGUGCUGUCUUGACCGGUAUCGUCCCCAAGAUGGCCAUUCGAUUUACCAGUUUCGAAGCCUAUAAGCAGUUCCUCGCCGACAAGGAGACUGGUAGGGUUAGCGGAAAGGCCACCUUCUUUGCUGGUCUUGCCGCUGGUGUCACCGAAGCCGUCGCCGUCGUCACCCCCAUGGAGGUUAUCAAGAUUCGCCUCCAGGCCCAGAACCACUCCAUGUCCGAUCCCCUCGAUGUUCCCAAGUACCGAAACGCCGCCCACGCCCUCUACACCGUCGUCAAGGAGGAAGGAUUCGGCGCCCUCUACCGCGGCGUGUCCCUGACUGCUCUUCGCCAGGGUUCCAACCAGGCCGUCAACUUUACCGCCUACUCUUACUUCAAGGACUACCUGUACAAGUGGCAGCCCGAGUACGUUGGCCAGAACCUCCCCGGCUGGCAGACCACCCUCAUCGGUCUCGUUUCUGGUGCCAUGGGUCCCCUCUCCAACGCGCCUAUCGACACCAUCAAGACUAGGCUGCAGAGGAAGGCCGCGCAGCCCGGCGUCAGCGCCUGGCAGAGAAUCACCGCCAUCUCCGCCGAGAUGUUCAAGCAAGAAGGUUUCCACGCUUUCUACAAGGGCAUCACCCCCGAAUUAUGCGUGUCGCUCCCGGCCAGGCCGUCACUUUCACCGUGUAUGAGUACCUGA